AUGGCAUCCUCUUCAUCUUCAAAAUUCUCGUUUUCAUGGGCCGAUAAAAUCAUCUUUGUGUGGCUUUUCAUUGAUCUGAUUGUACACGGAGUGUUAGAGAGCUCGUUUGUCUAUUUUUCUCUAACCACUACGGUAGCAAAGGCUCAACCACAAUCCACUCUCGGAAAGAUGUUGCAUUGGGUUUGGCUUGAAUAUGGAAAGAAUGCCGAUGCGAAAUGGUUAGUGUUGGAUCCAUGUGUGGUCUCUGUAGAAUUAUUGACUUGUACAGUGGAUACAUUGUUGUGUGCCAUUGUCAUGUACACGAUGUGGACCAACAAACCAUCGAGACAUUUUUGGCAAAUUGUAUUAUGUGUUUGUGAACUCUAUGGUGACUGGAUGACAUUUGUACCUGCAAUUUUAGAGGGUGGACAUAAUUUGAACAUGGAUCCAUAUUUCUUCUGGCUCUACACCGUUGGAAGUAAUGGCGUCUGGGUCAUUAUGCCACUAUUAUUGUUGUAUCAAUCGUAUGGACAUUUGCGAGUAUUGUUCGAGUCUACCAUGUAUUUGGAGUCCUUGAGUUUUGUCAAUAAUUCUGCAAUGAAUGGUGGAGCUCUCUAUCUAAGUCGUUGGGUUUAUAAUGACAAAAUUACGAGUUAUUAUUCUUUUUAUAACGUUCAAGACUUAACAUUUCAGAAUAAUACAGCUCAAUUGAGAGGAGGAGCCAUGUUUUUUGUCUUGGAUCCUUUAACACAUCACUACACGAUGCGCUUCACUAAAACAAGCUGUACUUCUAACUUGGCGAGAUACAGUGGUGGAUGCAUGUAUUCUUCAAUCUUGUUGUAUUUAUAUGAACUCAAUGGAUUGGAAGAUUCCGAUAAUAACGCCCUUUCCUAUGGAAAUUUCAUUGGUUAUCCCUUAAGAAAUUUUACAUUUCAUUCAACGCUCCAAUUUUCUAGUUCAAGAAGAAUCACCAUUGAAGGUGUCUCUACAAUUCCAGAUAUUGCCAUAUAUCCAGGAGAGAAAUUACAAAACCUUUCACUGAUUAUUCAAAAUUUCGAUGGAGAAUUUGUGAAAUUUCUAGUAGCACCUUUAUCGAUCAAAUAUUCCUCUACAUUCAUCAAAAUGGAUUACUUGCUGACAACAACAACAUCCUCCUCCUCCAACUAUAAUCUACAGAUUAAUAACUUGUCAGUGAGACUAUUGUCACCAACCACAUCUCAAAAUGUUUCUAUUACUGCAUUUCUAGUGAUUGAUGCUUCUAAUGAAAUACCUUUUAAUAUCAUCACAUUACCAUGUCCUGAAAGGUACCAUCUUGAAAGUAGAUAUUCUGUGGACGGAUUUAUUUGCGUUGAAGAUUCACAUGUACCAUUUGAAAUUAUUAUCCCAGUAGUAAGAGUGGUUCAGAAAUUGAAGACACUUGAAAAGAAACAAAGAGCUGAAAAGCAAUUAGAAUCCAACUUUAUAGGAAUGAAAACAUAUAUCGAGGGAGGUUAUUCUUUGUUGCAGCACGAUUUUCUUGAUCGAUCUAGUGAAAAUAGUACCUAUUUAAUUCCAGUUGAGGAUUUAUCAAUUAUUAAGAAAAUUGGAGAGGGUGGUAAUGGAUCCGUUUAUCAUGCCAAAUGGAAUGGCAGUGAAGUUGCUGUCAAAUCUAUCAAAUCGGACGUAUCUAAUGAAGAAUCUGAAGAAUUUCAAAAAGAAGCAGCUCUUCUGAGUACUCUACGUCAUCCAAAUAUUGUCAAUUUUUAUGGAGUUAGUAUCAUUAAUUCCACAAAAUGUAUGGUCGUUGAAUAUUUACCUCGUGGAAGUUUAGAUCGAAUGAUUUAUAAUUGUAGAAGCGGACAAUGUGUUUUAAAACUUUUUCAAAAAUUAGACAUCUUGUUAGGAGUUGCAAAAGGAAUGGCUUACAUGCAUUCAUUGAAACCAAAUCCAGUUCUUCAUAGAGAUUUAAAACCUGCCAAUAUACUUUUAGAUCAUUCAUUGACUAGUAAGGUCUGUGAUUUUGGAUUGUCGACCAUUAUGGGUAAUACCAAUACUGCAACCACAAAUAUUGGAACAUUUUUCUACAUGGCCAAUGAAAUGAUCGAAGGUGAUGUCAAGUACAAUCACAAGGUAGAUGUUUAUAGUUUUGCAAUUAUCAUUCAUUCCACAACGAGCACAGAUUCCAAUGAGGGUGGAGCUCGAGUGUUAAUGCAAGUUCUGAAAGGAAACAGACCACUCAUUCCAUUUUCAAUCGAUAACAAUGAAGAACUUGUAUUAUGGUUGAAUGAAUUUCUAGUUCCACAAAAUCGAGAAAUUGACAUUCAAACACUUGUGAAAAUUCUAUCGACUUAUAUUGAUUUGAUGAAACAAUGUUGGCAAAGUAAUCCUGAGCUUAGACCAAACUUUUUACAAAUUGUUGAAGUGUUGUAA